CCGAUUCGCGAGGCGGAGGCAACCGCAUCGCCCGGCACAGCAACAGCACAGAGCACACAACGAGAAGAGGAGCCGCGCGAGAGGCACGCUCUGGCUCGAACGCAAUGUCCGCGUUCUUUGCUGCCAUCUUAUUUCAUGGUCUGUGCCUGGCCAACGCCGUCAACUUCACAACCGUCUACGAGUGGGAUCAAUUUUAUGUCACACAGGACAGUUCUGGAAAACACAUUUGUACAACAUCUGUUCUAUUUCAUUACAUGGCUUUUUUCGGAGAAAGGCUGUUUCUAAGUCAAGAUAUCUACGGCGGAAUUUCCGCCACACUCUUGUGGCUGCCAACGAGUGGAACGUCAACUAAAGGUUUGAAUAGAUGUGAUUCACCAAAAAGUCAUCAGGACAGGCAUCAAACGUCGACUGAUCCUCCUAUGCCUGAUGCUUUCCCAUCCUGGGAUUUACAUAAAGAAGACAACUGCGAUUCUAUUCAGUGGGCCAGAGGAUUGGAAACGGACCCUGAUGGUCGGUUGUGGGUGCUUGAUCAAGGUAGCAUCAAUUGUUCGAGCAAAAUUUGGAUAUUCGACCUGCUCAACAACGACAAAACCGAGUUGAUUCACCAGUUCCCGGACACAGUCGUCUCUCAUACUUAUAGAGAAAGAUGGCUGCUCGAUAUAGUACUCGACAAAACCCCAGACGAUUUCCUUGCGUACAUCACUGAUUCUUAUUCUGAGCACAUUGUAGUUUACAGCCGAAAAACGGACAAAUCCUGGUCAGUAAGAACAACAGGGAGAAAAUGGUUUUCCUUGGCCCUCUCUCCUAACAGGGAAGCGAGACAGUUGUACCUUGGAAGACAUAAUUCCAAAGAACUGUAUUCAUUGUCUGUGUCUGAGCUGAGGAAUGAAGGUGGAAACGCUACAAUUAAAUUUAUCGGCCAAUGCUCUGAAGAACCCACCAGAAUGUUAUUCAACAAUGCCAAUGUCUUGUAUGCCACCUUUUACCAGAAGAAUUUCGUCUCCAUGUGGAAUAUUUCGGAGCCAUUCCGUGAGCAGCGGUUGCUUGAGUUAGGAGUGCUGGAUAAUAAGGAGUAUUUAAAUAUUGCUUUGGACACAAACGGCAGUUUGUGGAUGACUUUGAGUACUUCACCAGGUGUCGAAGGGACUAGGUUUAAAAUACUCAAGGCUGCAGUCGGUGCAAGGUCAUAUUUAUUCAGUUCGUCCUCAGCCUUGCCUACGCCUCAAGUGAACGAAAGAAGCAGAGGAUGUGCUGGUCUGGAAGAGAAUUACCGCAAAAGUCAGUCUUUGGUGACAAUUUUGAUUUGGUUGCUGGUGUUUUGCGCGGUCUUGAGCGGCACUGUCAUUGCUUGGCUGACCCUGAAGAUGAAAAGAAUGCAACCCUUUAUUAGGCGGAAUUCGGAGGACAAUCUGCUUGAGCUAAUACCUAACAAUGACGAAACUUGUAAUUAAAUAAACUUUACUCUCUUAUUGAGCAUAAGUUCUAUUCUAUAAAAAUGUGUUGCAUUAAAAAAUAAAAUAUAUCACAGCUUGUCUUUUUUAACUUCAUAAUUUUCAUUUGUAAGAAUAUUUCGAGGUUAAUAAAAAUG